UUGUUCUCUUCUCCGAGAUUUGAAAGCUUCGCAACGUGAUUCGGAGUGUAAGCGCAUUGUGCAGAAAGGAAAAGAAAAUGGCGGACAGUGUGGACAUAGAUUUGUAUGCAAAUAUUGAAGACGACUUUAAUCAGGAUACAGAUUUUGCCAACCAUGGAGAUGACUUAUAUGAUGAUGUUAUCACAGCCGGCUCCAGUAGUGAGGGCAUGGAUAGGAAUACAGAUUCCAAGCAGCACACCCCCAUGCUUUCCAGCACACAAUAUACUGGGAAGAAGUUCAUGUGCUAUGUAGGAAACUUAACAUGGUGGACGACAGAUCAAGAUUUGACAGAUGCAUUGACUUCCAUUGGAGUCCAUGACCUCGUGGAAAUCAAGUUUUAUGAAAACAGAGCAAAUGGACAGUCUAAAGGUUUCGCCCUAGUUGUGGUAGGCUCCGAGUCCUCCUCCAGGCAUAUAUUUGAGAAGCUGCCCAAGAAGGAGAUGCAUGGUCAGGUGCCCCAGGUGACUCCCUACAGUAGACAGGCACUCAGCCAGUUUGAGGCCGCAGCCAGGAAGGGCGGGGAAGGACCUCCACAGAAUGGUAACAGAAAUCAGAGAAGCAAUCCACGCAACCAGCCUCCUCCCAGUCAGCAAGGGAAGCCAGGAAACUUUCCUCCUCGUGGCAUGCAGCGUCCUCCACCCCAAGUCUCACAGGGACCACCCCCACCUGGCCCCCCUCACGGUGGCCCUCCGCCCAUGUAUGGAGGACCACCCCGACUUGGUCCUCCGCCACAACUUCCUCCCCCUGGAGGGCUCCCUCCCCCUGGCGGACCACCCCUCAGACCUCCACAGGGACCUCCUCCCCCAGGAAUGGUAGAGCCUCCAAGAAUGGGCCCAGGACCCCCUCCGCAUCUCCGUGGUCCCCCAGGUCCUGGUCCUGACCCCAGGGGUCCUCCCCCACCUAUUAGGCCAGAGUGGGAUAGACCUCCAGCUCCGUUCCCCAACGCUGGGCCUCCGCCCCCGCAGCCGGUCCCCCCUCCAGGUCUAAGACCUAUGGGACCAGGAUUCCCUGGUGGCCCCCCAUCACAGAUGCCACCUGUGCCUGGCCCUCCCCCAGGACAUAUGCAAGCGCCAGCCCCACAUGUCAAUCCUGCCUUCUUCCCACCCCCACACAGUCAGGCCCCGCCGCCAGGGCCAGCUCCUGGCGAUCCAUAUGGACGGGGUCCGCCACCCCAGUCAUAUCCUAAUGAUCCAUUCAUGGGCCGACCUCCCCCUGAAAGUCGGCAUGAGCCUCCCCCUCCAGCCUUGAGUGAGCAGGAAUUUGAGGAGAUCUUCCAGAGAAACAAGACUGUGUCCAGCAGUGCUAUCAACAGAGCUGUGCAGGAUGCAAGUGCAGGUGACUUUGCUAGUGCUAUUGAGACAUUAGUGACAGCAAUUUCUCUGAUCAAGCAGUCUAAGAUUGCUGCUGAUGACCGCUGCAAGAUCCUCAUCAGCUCCCUCCAGGACACCCUCCAUGGCAUAGAGGAGAAAUCCUAUGGCUCUAAGAGCAGCAGCAGCAGUCGCCGAUCUAGGUCAAGGGAACGUGAUCGUGACCGAGACCGUGAAAAGAGGAGUCGUCACAGAUCCCGCAGUCGUGACCGAGAAUACCGUGAGAGGAGUAGGGAUAGAGAUCGCUACCACGAGGAGAGACACCGGGAGAGGGAUCGGGAAAGGGAAAGAGACAGGGGAGAGCGUGAUUACAGCAGGAGGCACUAACAGGUCGGUUUGUUGCAGGUUAUACAUGCUGUCCAAUGUGAUUUGAACCGAUUGUCCCAUGCUACAUUGAGUGAUUAGACUGUAUUGUCACAUGAUAUGUCUUGUGGAAUGUACCGUAAAUACUUGUUAAACGUCGUCAUCACUUCAUCGUAUAUGGAUCAAGUGUUCAAGCUAUGGACUACAGUGAAAAGACUCAAGUGUCACCAUACUUCCUUGUUCUCAACGCCAUGGAAAGGACACUCGCUACAAUCAUGCAGCUUUUACUGAAAUCAUUCAUCGUCUUAUCUUCUCGUAGCAAGAAGGAGGAGUUUUAACGCUUUCCAAUUGCUGUUGUUUCAUUUUCAGAAUAAAGUUCUUAGCUCAUAA